GAAUGCUUCCCAGGCAAUAAAAGUAAGACUUAUUAACCUACUAGAACCUACCUAAAUACUUGUUGGUAUUUAUUAAAGUUUGCUCGUGCCCUUGUUCAGCUGUGGCUUGGCGAUCCCUCAACGUCAUGGGUGCUAAAACCAAGCUCUAAAACAAACCUAGAAAACGACUUCCCAAAAGUCUCAAAAUCAGCAACCUCACAAUACUAUCACUUCCCUCUACACUACAAAUACUCGGUGCGAAUUAAUUCAUCUCAAAUGUCGAAAAGAAAUAGUGGCAGUGCCACAAAUGGCGCAACGAAGGAUUCAACGGUCGGUGAGUGUCUAUGACGGCGAAAAUGAUUGCCCCUCCCCCUCGUGUGCGAACAGAUCGAAUUUCUAUAAUUGUAUAUGUGUGCUAAUGGAGGGAAUAGCUGUAGAUAAGCAAAAGAGAUUGUUGGAGAAGGACACCGGUCAUUUCUCUAUGAUUAAGAUGCUGCAUCUUGCAGAUUUGAUCACAGAACUCAACGGUAAUUAAAUGCCACCCCUCCUACAUCCUUUCGCACAAAUUUGCUGAGUGCUACUCCUUAGGAUUCUGUGGUGUUAUGUCUGUGUUUUCCUCGAUGCGGUAUUGUCUGGGCCCAGCCGACGCGCAUGGAAAUCUUUGGGCGGCUUUGGCUUUCAUGCCAUUUGGGCUGUUCUUCGAUUUCAUGGAUGGGAAAGUCGCGAGGUGGAGGAAGAAGAGUAGUUUGAUGGGCCAAGAGUUGGACUCAUUGGCAGAUUUGGUAUGUCUUCCUAAUUACACUUGUAUACAUCAUUCAAUUGGUGAUUCUAAUAAUUUCUACCCUAGGUAUCCUUUGGAGUCUCUCCCGCAGCCGCAGCUUUUGCCAUUGGUAUCCGCACUCCUGUCGACCAUUUCUUCCUGACCUUCUUCGUCCUCUGUGGUCUUACGCGCCUCGCUCGCUUCAACAUCACCGUAGCCAAUGUCCCCAAGGAUGCUACUGGAAAGAGUAAAUACUUCGAAGGCACACCCAUUCCGACAUCCCUCUCCAUCGCCGCUCUAAUGGCAUACUGGGUAUCCAAGGGUUGGAUUCUGGACAAUAUACCAUUGGGAACAGUGGGUACGGGUACCAUGUUUGAGUUUCAUCCGGUGGUGGGACUUUUUGUUCUUUGGGGUUGCAUGAUGACUAGUAAAACUAUUCAUAUCCCUAAGCCAUGAUUAUGUAUUAUGCUGGUGAUGGAUUAUGGUGAGGCAUGAAGGAGCGAAAGGAACGGAUGAGAAUAGUCAUACCCGGUUUGGUGGUGGAAUGGAGAUUAAGUACGUAUAUGAUACCUUGAAGUUCAUGAAUUGGCGCAUUACAUAUAUUAAAAUGCGAUCCCCUUUUCAAGUUGAGUA